AUCGCAACCCGUCCGCGUGCAGACGUUUGCCGUUACCCUAGCGCCAUUCGGUUUCUGUUGUGAUCCAACGUCGUCGACGUCGAUUCCCGCCUUAAGAACUCGUUCACUGUGCAAGUUUCCGGUUCCGGUUAGUGUGCUUGAAGGAAAAUCAAUCCAAUCCAAUCCCAAAAUGUUCAAAUCCAUUAUCUUCGUGACGCUGUUUGUGGGAGUGUGCUUUGCCGGUUUGAUCCACCAUCACGACGAUGACGAUGUGUCGGAAACGGAGCAUCAUCACAACAUCGAGCACAAGCAUGCGACGUCGCAUCAGAGCUUCAAGUUCCACCACUUCCAUGCCGUGCCGGUGUACGUCAAGAAGGAGGACCAACAGUUCCUGAAGCAUCCGGUCGAAAUCUCGGGACUCAAGCAUAACCUCAAGAUCGUCCACCCUGAAACCGAACAGCACCACGGUCAUGGACUUACGCUGGAGAACCACAGCGAGUUCGAGAGCAAACUGCACGGUGGACACGGAUACGAUCUGGGCCAUGCCGGUUCGGAACAUAUUGGCCAGGAGCACUCGUACGGUGGUCACGAGUACGACCAGCACCAGUUCGGACACGAGCUGGAAGAGCAUGAAGAGUAGAGCCUCCCAAGCCCAAAACAAACGUUGCGCGGUUAUUACGCAUCGCAUGUGUAAAAUGUGAUAUAGUCAUUUAAUGUUUAAAUCACCCCCUCAUCGAUCCCGCAAUGGCUAACGAUCAUAAGUAUUAAUCCAUUUCGCUCUGGCUCGCUCGAUCGACGGUCGAUGGCAGCCAGCUAAAUCAUUCGUUCGAAUCAUACCCAAACGGGGAAGUAUUAAUCCAUCUCAAACAUCUACAUCCUGUGGUGUUCAGUUAGUUGAUGAGUCACCUGUGAAAACUAUUAAGGGUUAAAUGUUAAUUGUUGUUAACCCUUUCUACGAUUCACGUACGAGUGAGCAUUGCCCAUUUCAUCCAGAGUCAAAUUCAAAAGGAGCCUCGGAAAACCCGACUGAAGAAAAUGAACUAUUAAAUGAUCAUCAAUAAAAAUCCAUUUAAAAAUUAA